AUGGACAUUUAUAGUCCUAAAGUAGAUUCUCUUUCUUAUCAUACAAAAACAAAAAUGGAUAUAACGACUCUAUUUGAAAAAUAUAAAAAAACACAUAAUAAAUUAAGUCCUUUACCUCUAAAUUAAUUUUAUUCAAUGGCAUUAAAUGAAAAUUGUGAUUUACUUUAAAUUUAACCAGAUUGUGAUAUUUAAAAUUUUGUUUCAUUUAGAGAUCUUAAUCAAGGUGCAGUUUCAGAAUUAAAACGAUCUUUAUAAUAAUCAAAAAUGGUAUGGAAUAAUUACAGUAAAUAUCUAUUUGGAGAUUCAUCAUUAGAUGAAAUAGAAAGUGUAGAUCAAUAAUAAUAAUAAUCUAAUACUUCUAGAAAAUUAUAAUUAAUUCAUAAUAGAGAGAUAUUUCAUAAAUUAAGAAAGUAAUAUAAAAAAUAAGAAGAAGAUUAAAUAAAAUAAGUGAAAUAAGUUUUAAAAAAGAUUCAUUCAUAAACAAAUGGAAUAAAAGUUUAUCCUUCUUUAGCAUAUUAAGAUUAAUAAAAAUUGGAAUUACUAAGAAAAUAAGUAAGAUUAGGAGGUGUAUAAUAAUUAUAAGAAAGAAAUGCUGAUGCUGAAUAAUUAUAAAAAAGAAUACUUGAAUCAUAAGUAGUAUUAAAUUAAAUAAAAAAAUAAUUUGCAUAUGCAUAUAAUAUUGAUUAUAAUUUUUGGGGUCCUUGUUCAAGAGAUGGAAGUACUAUGGUUACUUUUGAUCGUAAAUUAUAUUUAUAUGGAGGUUCAAGUUCAGUUUAAUAAGAAGAUUUGUGUGUAGCUAUAGUUGAUAAAUGUAAUAGAAUAUAUUAAAAUAGAAUUUUAUAAAUGGAAUCCUUAAAAAUUAGAUGAAAAAUCUAUUCAUGGAUAUAGAGUUCAUCAUACUGCUGGAAUAUAUAAAAAUUAUAUGAUUUUAUUUGGUGGAGAAAUUCAUGUUGAAUAAUCAAAUCAUAAAAUAGUAAGUGAAUGUACAAGUGAUAUAAAAACUAUUUCAUUAAGUAAAUAUAUAAUUAUAUAUUAUUAAGCAUCUUUUGAUAUUAAAUUGAUAAAAUAACCAGGAACAAUAUUACCAAGAAAAUGCCAUAUCGGUGAAAUAGUUGGAAGAUGUUUAUUAAUAUUUGGUGGAAUUGAUAAUAGAGGUAAUUAUCUUAAAGAUUUACUUUGUUAUGAUAUUUCAUAAUCUAAAUGGAUUCCAUUAAAUAUUAAUCCACAUGAAUUAUAUGCUAAUGGAAUCGCUUUUCAUAAAUCUUGUUUAGUUACAUAAAAUAAGUUUUGUGAAAUUUAUAGAUAAGAUCCUGAUCUUAAAUUUUCUAAUUAAGGAAUUUAUGUAUUUGGAGGACAAGAUAAAUUUGGAAAUUAUUUAGAUACAUUUAUUCGUAUUGAUGUAUACUAGAAGCCUAUUCUUAUUGAAUUAGUUGAUUAUAAAGGAACUAGUCCUAGUAUAAACAAUAUUUUAAUUUUAAGUUGCUAGAUGUUAACAUUCUAUGAAUUAUAAUGAAAUUAUGGGAACCAUUGUUGUAUAUGGUGGAAAAAAUGAUGAUAAUACUAUUGAAGGAUUCUUAAAUGAUUUAUAUUUGUUUGAUGUUAAGAAUUCUUCUUGGAUUCAAUUAGAAUUUAAAUGUACUAAUAUACCUGGAAGAUGUGGACAUUCUUCUUCUUGUAUUGAUACUAAAAUUUUCAUUUUUGGAGGAUAUAAUUAUAAUGGAUUUGUUAAAAGUGAUGUUUUAGUUAUAGAAUUAGAUUCUAAUAUAUCCCAUUAAUUAAUUUCAUCUGAUAAAAUUAAUGAAGAUAAACCUAGAAAUUCUAAAAUUACUGUAUCUUUUCAUUAAUUAUCAGAAAAAAAAUAAAAUAUUGAUAAAACUAUUGAUAAAAAUAUUGAUAAAACUAUUGAUAAAACUAUUGAAAGGAAAAAAGUAAUUGAAAAAUUAAAUUUUUAAAAUUCUCAUUCUUUCUUACCUAUGCCUAGAAGAGUUACUAUGCUCAUUAAUGCUAUGAGAUUUGGUUAAGAUUCUAAAAUUAAUAAUGAAGGAUCUAAUUCAAAUAAAAAUUCUCCUAAGGAUGGUACAAAAAGACUUCAUCGAAAUAUGACAAUGAUUAUUGAUGGUAAACAAGAAAGAUGA